CUGCGUCCCGGGCUGCGUUUCUCGGCGGAUGCUGCGCCUGUCGGGCAGGAAUAUGAAGGUGCUCUUGGCCGCCGCCCUCAUCGUGGGCUCCGUCUUCUUCCUGCUGCUGCCGGGACCCUCCGCGGCCGAUGAGAAGAAGAAGGGACCCAAAGUCACCGUCAAGGUGUACUUUAACUUGCGCGUUGGAGAUGAAGACAUUGGCCAGGUGGUCAUCGGUCUCUUUGGAAAGACUGUACCCAAGACUGUGGAUAAUUUCGUGGCUUUAGCCACAGGAGAGAAAGGAUUUGGCUACAAAAACAGCAAGUUCCACCGUGUCAUCAAGGACUUCAUGAUCCAGGGUGGAGACUUCACCCGGGGGGAUGGUACUGGAGGUAAGAGCAUCUAUGGGGAACGCUUCCCUGAUGAGAACUUCAAACUGAAGCACUACGGGCCUGGCUGGGUAAGCAUGGCCAACGCAGGCAAGGACACCAACGGCUCUCAGUUCUUCAUCACGACAGUCAAGACAUCCUGGCUAGAUGGCAAGCACGUGGUGUUCGGCAAAGUCCUCGAGGGCAUGGAUGUGGUGCGCAAGGUGGAAAGCACCAAGACAGAUGGGCGGGACCGGCCUCUGAAGGAUGUGAUCAUCGCAGACUGUGGCAAGAUUGAGGUAGAGAAGCCAUUUGCCAUUGCCAAGGAGUAGAGGUCUAGGGAGCCUUCUUCAAGCAAGUUUCUGCAGCCAGUAGGGCCCUCCCGGGUGGAGACAGCCCGGCCACCGCAGGCCUCACUUGACCAGAUGGUGCUGGUAUCCACUGGCUUUCAGGGAGCAAACCCUCCCACAUUCCACAGGCCACAGGUCUGGUUUUAUAACAAAUGCCUACCAGCGCUACCCAACACAAUAAAAGGUGAAUUUUUUAAAAAAAA